CUGAUAGACUUGAGGAUUUGACUCCCCCAGAACUGAUAAGACAGAAUCCCAAAGUGGACCGUACAGUCAGUUUGUAUGGUUUUGUACGAGGAAUGGCUUUAAAUAAAAUGAGCAGCAUACACAUUCCAGGUUGUGGAGAUCUGAAAAUUCAUGAUGUUUCACAUCUCCCAGACCCAUGUCCAUUGCCAGAUAAACUGAAGAAGAGAAGUCUUGUGGAAAAGGAGAAGUUGAUUUACGCACCAUUCUCAGGAGUUGGAGGCAUUGUGUAUGACAAGGAUGCUGUCUAUGUUGAACUAGGGGGAAGUCAUUCACAUGCACAUCGG